UUCUCGCGUCACUGACAUAUUUUUCCCCAACCACACCACCACCUCCGCCACCAUACUUACCUAAGUAUUCACUCACUCGCCCACACGCUGUCUUUCGACGACGACGACGACGACGACAAACCUAGAGCACACCUGCAACUGACGCCGCGAACCUCCGGCGCCCGCCUGUGUAUACCAGUUGUCCCUAUUCAUGGAUCCCGACAUCUAGCGAUCUAGCCAUUGCUGCAAUUGCCAUGAGCCAGGAAUACUUCCCGCCCAUGUCCAAGGGCAAGUCCCCGGCCUGCGACGACCGAGACGGCCAAGACGCACACGACGACAGCGAUGAUGCAUCGGGUCGUAGAACACCAAAGACCCCCAAGUCCGGAGCCGCAAAUGGAGGUGGGAGACCUGCAUACAUGACCGUCGGCAGUGGGUCUACUUCGUUCCAUGCAACCAGGUUACAGUCCCUCAUCGAUCAUGACUCCGGCUAUGGUGGAAGCAGCAUAGGUGGCGAUGAUAUCGGCUCAUCCAAGCUGCCCUUGGGUUCUCCAAGAACCGACCCAAGUCUUGCCGGGGAUAUAGUGUUGCCGCGCCAGUCGGCUGGGAAUCCCGAGACCGACCAGCGAGCCCACGUCACCGCCAUUUCGCAGCUAUGGUACAAUCAGCAGCGAGUUGCGCUAGGCCGCUCCAUCAACAGAGUCAUAGAUCUUCUUCAAAGCCUUCAAGAAACAAACGCCACCUGGCCUGCUCACUACCCUUCCGUCCAGCGCCCCGAUGUCAGCAGCCCCGAACGAAAUGGUCCGGGCCCCGCUUUGCACCGGACAUUUUCGGCUGCUCCCGAACCUUCCCACCAUCGGCGCUCUCUGCGACGCUCAAUGACAGCGGCUCCUGACGAUGAGUCUGCCGAGUCUAGCAAAUCAGCCGAGAAUAAAUCGUCAGCAGAGGCACCGCGGUUAUUCUCACAUCAGAUCGCUCAGGAAUUCUCUAUUCUCAAACUCGACCUCAAGCUGGGGGCUCUGCAUCAGUCAGAACUCGUUCACUCGCUGGAAAAGGCCUCUGUUGCGUCAUUAUUGGAUGGCAAGAUACGUACAAGCAUCAAGCACUUGGUAUCACUACGAGAACGAAUAGACGAUACAUCCAGCAAGGUUCUAGUUACUGGAGACCUUAAUGCUGGCAAGUCGACCUUCUGUAAUGCCCUGCUCCGACGCAAGGUGCUACCUGAAGAUCAACAACCUUGUACAAGUAUCUUCUGCGAGGUUCUGGAUGCCCGGGAAAACGGUGGGCUGGAAGAAGUGCACGCAGUACACAAGGACGCUAUCUACAACCGGCAUGACGAAUCAACCUAUGAUGUAUUUCCGCUUUCCAAGCUUGAACAAAUCGUAAUCGACAACUCGACCUACAUACAAUGCAAAGUGUACGUCAAGGAUGUACGUAACGUGAAUGAAUCGUUGCUCAACAACGGUGUGGUGGACAUCGCGCUCAUCGACGCUCCCGGCUUGAACUCGGACACAACCAAAACCACUGCCAUUUUUGCUCGACAAGAAGAGAUUGAUGUUGUUGUCUUUGUCGUUUCUGCUGCUAACCAUUUCACACAAUCGGCCAAGGAAUUUAUCUGGGCUGCGGCAGCAGAGAAGGCCUAUAUCUUCAUGGUUGUGAACGGGUUUGAUAUGAUUCGAGAUAAAGAACGAUGCCAGAAGAUGAUACUGGAGCAAGUCUAUGGCCUGAGCCCUCGCACGUACAAGGAGUCUACGGAAUUGGUACAUUUCGUGUCGAGCAAUGCCAUUCCAAUGGCGCACUCCCCACCGGGUGGUCCUGGCGGAGCCGGCGGUAGUGGCAGCUCCAGCGGAGGUGGCGGAGGGGACGAGCCAGGCAAUGACCCCAAAGGGAAAGGGAAGGAGAAGGAAAAGAUUCAAGACUUCCAUAAGCUGGAGCAGUCCCUGAGACAAUUUGUUCUGGAGAAACGUGCACGCUCUAAGCUUACACCUGCCAAGACCUACCUUAUGAACAUCCUAAAUGAUCUUUAUACCCUCGCCACUGUCAACGCAGAGGUUGCGCAGUCCGAGAUAGAUCGUGUAACGAAAGACUUGGCAGAGAUUGAGCCGCAGCUGGAAUCCUCCAAGAAAGCUAAGGCCGAAGUAGGCGAUGAGAUCGAUCAAACUAUUGAGGCUACCUGCAAGGAUAUCUAUGACCACACGAGAAACACCCUCAACCAAGCUAUAGGCCAUGCAGGUGACAGCACCCUGGGUGUUCCAUACCCGGGGCUAUUUGGCGUGUUUGAUUUUGCCGACGAGCUCAAGGAAGCGAUGCUCGACCAGAUCUCAUCUGCUGUCACAGAUUGCGAAGAACAUGCUCGUACGAAUACAGUCGGUGGAGUCAAUGCCAUCAAGCAAUUAGGCAUCCUUCACCUUGGCAAUGAAUACCACGAUCUGAGUUUCCGAUCAGAUGUCAUGUUCCGGAGACGACGAGACCUCUUGGCAAAGGAGAUCAACCUGGAGACCCAAUUCUGGGAUCUCGUCGACUGGUCUACGCUCAUGCAACGCCAGGAAAAGGUGGCCGGCACUGGUAUGGCCUUGACUGUGGCAACUGCCGUAGGUGGACGAAUGAUUAGCGGAUCUAGCUGGGUAGACCAUGCAAUGAGUGCUGCCAAGAUUGUUGGAAACGAUAACCUCAGGAAACUGAUCAUUCCUGCCGUGGCUAUUGCAGGUAUGAAUUCUCCUACGCGGGAUACUCUAUAAGCUGGACAGAUUUGCUAACUACGUAUAUGACAGUUGUCUCUGCCGCGGCAUAU